ACUAUCCCCCCGCCCCCGCCCCCAGGCCCCCCGAGCUGAGCCCAUGGAGAUGAUGCAGGAACUGGUCCCACUGGCCAGGGAGCUGCUGACUCGGAAGCCGGGCCGCCGGCUCCUCCGUCUGUACGUGCUGGGCAGCGUGCUGGCCGUGCUGGGCGCUCUGCUCGGCCUGGUGGACACGGUGUGCAGCCCCUUUGCCGCCGCCCGCCACCUCCGUGAACGCCAGGCCGCCCUGGCCGCCCUGCGGGCUGCCCACCAGCCCCCCGGAACCCCCGGGGCCCCCGCCAAGCCCAGGCCCAAGAAUGCAGUGGAGCCUGGCGGCAGGGUCCCCACCCACCGACAGCAUGCCUCCUAGGAACCACAAGCCUGGACAGACGGACAGACAGGCGACAGCUGGAGUGGGUGGGACGUCAGUGCCGAGACGGGGUGUCUGCUGCCAUGCAGCAGGGCCCAGAGCCACCACCAGGAGCGCCCUGCCCCUGUCCACCGCACAGGACAGAGGAGAAACGUUUUUUAUACUAUUAUUGUCACCGAGACCAUCAUUUUGCACUUUGAAAUUAAAAAAACGUUUUAUACUGAA